UUCAAAGCCAGUUCCUUGGCCACGGCCUGGGCCUGCAAGGACCACCAUCUGGCCAAUGGCUUGCUGGCCGCCCAGUGCAAGGAGUUCAGCCUGGUGGAGGUGCUGAAGGCCAUCACGCUGCAAGGACCACCAUCUGGCCAAUGGCUUGCUGGCCGCCCAGUGCAAGGAGUUCAGCCUGGUUGAGGUGCUGAAGGCCAUCACGCUGCAAGGACCACCAUCUGGUCAAUGGCUUGCUGGCCGCCCAGUGCAAGGAGUUCAGCCUGGUGGAGGUGCUGAAGGCCAUCACGCUGCAAGGACCACCAUCUGGUCAAUGGCUUGCUGGCCGCCCAGUGCAAGGAGUUCAGCCUGGUUGAGGUGCUGAAGGCCAUCACGCUGCAAGGACCACCAUCUGGCCAAUGGCUUGCUGGCUGCCCAGCGCAAGGAGUUCAGCCUGGUUGAGGUGCUGAAGGCCAUCACGCUGCAAGGACCACCAUCUGGCCAAUGGCUUGCUGGCCGCCCAGCGCAAGGAGUUCAGCCUGGUGGAGGUGCUGAAGGCCAUCACGCUGCAAGGACCACCAUCUGGUCAAUGGCUUGCUGGCCACCCAGCGCAAGGAGUUCAGCCUGGUGGAGGUGCUGAAGGCCAUCACGCUGCAAGGACCACCAUCUGGCCAAUGGCUUGCUGGCCACCCAGUGCAAGGAGUUCAUUCUGGUGGAGGUGCUGAAGGCCAUCAUGCUGCAGCAUGGACUUGGGUCGCAAGAUGAGCAAGUGGGAGAAAAGACUCAAGUGACCACAAGCCGAACGUCAUCAAACCAACGGGGAUGUCCGUUUAGCUGAUGGACUCUACCCAUAUCAAGGGCGUGUGGAGAUCUUCAACGGAGAAUGGGGCACAGUCUGUGAUGACUCUUGGGAUAUCCAAGACGCUACCGUCGUCUGCCGUCAACUGGGCUACCCAGGUGCUGAGAGGGCUGUAUCUGCAGCUGCCGAGUUCUCUAUUGGAGAUGGGCCCAUUUUCCUAGACGAUUUGUCUUGCCUAGGAGGCGAGCCAAAUCUAGCACAGUGUGGGCACCGAGGAUGGGCAAACCAUAAUUGUGAACAUGACGAAGAUGCAGGUGUGAUAUGCUCCAACCAUACUCCAGUCUCAGAUGGCAGUGUUCGAUUGAUGAACGGGAGUUCGUCUGCAGAGGGACGUGUUGAGGUCUACUUCCAAGGGGAGUGGGGGACCGUCUGCGAUGACUUAUUCGAUAUCCAAGAUGCUACCGUCAUUUGUCACCAACUCGGUUUCCCAUCUGCACUGAGAGCUGUAUCUGCUGCCACUGAAUUUUCCAUGGGCAGUGGAGCAAUUCUCCUUGACGAUCUCGAGUGCUCAGGAGAUGAAAGUACACUGGCAGAUUGUUCCCAUGCAAGAUGGAGUAACUGUGAACACUCAGAAGAUGUAGGAGUCGUCUGUUCUACAUCAGCAACUGCUGCGCCAGAGGUUUCAGGGAUACCAGAUGGCAGGGUUCGCUUAGUUGAUGGAAGCUCAUCUUCUGAGGGACGUGUUGAGGUCUUCUAUCAGGGUAACUGGGGAACUGUCUGUGAUGAUGCUUUUGAUAUCCAAGAUGCUACUGUCAUCUGUCAUCAGCUUGGUUUUCCAUCGGCAGUGGGAGUUGUAUCUGCUUUUUCUGAAUUUGCCAUCGGCAGUGGACCAAUUCUCCUGGACAAUCUCGGAUGUUACGGAGAUGAAAGUACUCUGGCAGAUUGUUCCCACACAGGAUGGACUGCACAUGACUGUAGCCACUUGGAAGAUGUAGGGGUCAUCUGUUCUACAUCAGCAACUGUGACCGAGGGCUCAGAAAUGCCAGAUGGCAGUGUUCGAUUGGUUGAUGGCAACUCUCCGUCUGAAGGGCGUGUGGAGGUCUACUACCGAGGCCAGUGGGGGACCGUCUGCGAUGACUUGUGGGAUAUCCAGGAUGCCACUGUAGUCUGUCGUCAACUGGGCUUCCCAAGUGCUUUGAGAGCUGUGUCAGCUGAAGACGAAUUCACCAUUGGUGAUGGUCCAAUUUUCUUUGAUGACGUUGAAUGUGUAGGAGAUGAAGCUACACUAGCGGACUGUCGUCACCUUGACUGGGAUAACUGCGCCCACUCAGAAGAUGCUGGAGUCUUCUGUGUACCCCUGGUCAUGGCUACAGAAGGCCCUGAUGUAUUUGAAGAUGGCAGUGUUCGAUUGGUUGGUGGAGACUCGUCACAUGAAGGGCGUGUUGAGGUCUACUACCGAGGCCAGUGGGGGACUGUCUGUGAUGACUUGUGGGAUAUCGAUGAUGCCACUGUAGUCUGUCGUCAACUGGGCUUCCCAAGUGCCAUCAGAGCCUUGUCUGCUGCUGAUGAAUUCCCCGUUGGUGAAGGGCCCAUCUUCCUGGAUGAUGUUGAGUGUUCUGGAGAUGAAAGUACAUUGGCUGAUUGUUCUCAUCGAGGUUGGAAUGAUAACAACUGCGGCCACUCAGAAGAUGCUGGAGUCAUCUGCUCUACAACAACUGCAGACCCAGAGAUUGCAGGGAUUCCAGAUGGCAGUGUGCGCUUAGUUGAUGGAAGCUCAUCUUCUGAGGGACGUGUGGAGGUCUUCUAUCAGGGUAACUGGGGAACUGUCUGUGAUGAUGCUUUUGAUAUCCAAGAUGCUACUGUCAUCUGUCAUCAGCUUGGUUUUCCAUCUGCAGUUGGAGUUGUAUCUGCUGUUACUAAAUUUGCCAUGGGUAGUGGACCAAUUCUCCUGGACAAUCUCGGGUGCUACGGAGAAGAAAGUACUCUGGCAGAUUGUUCCCAUGCAGGAUGGACUGUGCAUAACUGUGAACACUCGGAAGAUGUAGGAGUCAUCUGUUCUUCAUCAGCAUCUGCUGCGCCAGAGGUUUCAGGGGUACCAGAUGGGAGUGUGCGUCUGGAGGGGGGUAGCUCCGCCCAUGAAGGGCGUGUGGAAGUCUACUACAGAGGCUCAUGGGGCACCGUCUGUGAUGACUCAUGGGAUAUCAACGCUGCAUCAGUUGUCUGCCGGCAACUGGGCUUCACGUCAGCCGAAGCUGCACUGAAUUCACAGGAAGCCGGAUUUGGAAUGGGAGAGAGACGGAUACUACUGGACGAGGUGGAAUGCUCGGGUGAGGAGAGCAAUUUGUACGAGUGCCGCUACAAAGAGGACCACAACUGCAAUCAUUCUGAAGACGCUGGCGUUGUAUGCAUCGUGCCGACAUCUACACAAGGCAGCAUUGUCUCAGAUAAUUUGCCUGCAGAAUAUGGUGCGUUACGUCUGGCUGGAGGAACAGCGCCCUCAAACGGGCGUCUGGAGGUGCACUAUAGGGGCCAAUGGGGAACAGUCUGCAAUGACCAGUGGGACCUCCAAAAUGCUCAGGUCGUCUGUCGUCAGUUGGGCUUUGGCUCGGCGGAUCCGGUCCUGUACCAGUCCAAGUAUGCCGGGGGGCAGGGCCCCAUCCUGAUGAAUGAGGUGAGCUGCACUGGUACCGAGACAUCCCUUAUAAGUUGCCCAAGGCGGCACUGGAAGCAGCACAACUGCACCCAUGAUGAUGAUGUCGGAGUGGUGUGCCAAAGACCUGGUUCUGUACGUCUUGUUAGCCUUGGUAAUUCACCUGACUCUGAGGGGCGACUGGAGAUGUUUGUGGAUGGCGAGUGGCUGCCGGUGUGCAACCCAGGAUGGGAUAUGACUGGGGCCAAUAUGGUCUGCAGGCAGCUUGGAUUCAGCUCUGCCAUUAACACUAACAUCGCUGGAGUUAACAGCAAUGGGCAAGGAUCAAGCAUUAUUAAUCGGGUCUCUUGUACUGGAUCCGAGGUGCAGCUCAAGGACUGCAAAGUGGAGGUUGUACAGGGAAGUAGUUGUCAUGACGCCAGCGCUGGCAGUGAUGUCAUUGUGCAGUGCCUGAAGCACAGAUCUGAUGGUGACGUCAAGCUGGCUGGCAGUGAGCCGUUGUUCAAGGGGGAGGUGCAGAUCCUUCUAGAGGGAGUGUGGGGUGCCGUCUGUGACACUGAUUGGCAGCUGAGUGACGGGGAGGUUGUCUGCCGUCAACUGGGCUACUCUGGUGCCAAAUCAGUCUACCAGAGCCAAAACCCACGUGAUUUCGGGAAUGAGGACAGUGCCUUUCCCACACUGAGGCAACCUAUGUGCUCUGGGAUGGAGAGCAAAAUCAUGUCUUGUAAAAACAGUGGGUGGAGUCAAGACGACAAGUGUGAAAAGGGGCGGUCGGGAGUUGAGUGCAACCAGCAAAAGGGCCUACUUAUCUCAACCAAACAGGGGCAAGGCCUGGCAAAUGGACUCAUGAUCACAGUGAUUGCCAUUCCUGCUGCUUCAGUCCUCUUCAUUAUUGUCAUCAUCAUCCUCAUCAUAAAGGUCAGGGGUCAGAGGACGAGGACCCAGUCUCACCAGAUGACUAUCUCGCCCUCCCAGCCCCCUUGCCAGUGCUCCAAGGAUCGGCCUGACAACGCCAGUGAUGACAAUUGUUAUGCUGCUGUGGGCGGGCCGAUGGGUGGGCCAAUGGCAGAGUCCACCAUCGACAUGUUCAAUCCAGUCUAUGAGACCUCGCUUAAUUGGCCCCGCCUUUGAAUCCGGUCUCGUCAGAGUUUCCCCUGACCUGGCUUGACCCCCUGCGAGGGGUGCUGUGAUCACAUACUAAAAUAUACAUUCACGCAUGUUCUGUGUCGUCUAGUCAGAUAGUUUGGGUCUGUUGUAAAGUACAUUAUAUAUAAUACCUGUUCUUUCAGAAUGCAGUCAUGGCAGUGAUCCUUUGUACGAAACAAUAUAUUAUCAGUACUGAUCAAACUGUAGCGUUAAUAGAAUGGGAAAGGGUUCCUUCUAAAUUGCUCCGCCAUUCUGGAUAAAAAGGUCUUGGAAUUAUAGGGCUAAAUCUUCAGUUUAUUUCUCAAGAAAAUAUCUGAAAAUUGUAAUGAAAUAUCAAGAGGAUUUGGCCCUUAUUCUAAUUUUCAUAAGUUAAUUAUAAACUUGGAUUGUCUAUCGCUACAGCUGCUGUAUUAGAAAUAGCUCCAAUUCUUGUUUGAUGUGAAUGACUGUCUAAUGCCUAAAAUAUUAUAUUGUUUGUUUAAUGAGGAUCAUAAUCAUAACACUGUUAACAUAUUGCAGCAUCUCCUUGAUAUAAUUAUAAUGUUUGCUUUGCUUUGAAGCAGAAUUGUGAAUGCUAGUGUUCAAUAUCAGUUACAGUACUUCAAAUAAUACUAGAAAUGUGCACUGAUAUAGUGCACGUCAUAGGACUGUGACAUCUAACAUUACAUUCAUACAUGUAUUUGCAAAGAACGUUUUGGUAUGUAGGACACUACUGUAUACAAUGCAUUUUUUUGUUGCAUGACCAGUAUCAUACAUGUCAUAUCAGUACAUUUUGUCAGUCGUACCACAAAGUGACGAAUCGUGUGCACAAAGUCAAUAGACGAUACGUCACUUCGUGAUGCACCCCACGAUUUAUAGGAAACUUGUACGACCAGCUCAAUUUCUUUUCAUGUUAUGUUCUGAGAUUUCCUUCAACAGUUAAGAACAUUCGUUCUUGGGCAGUGCAUUUGGUUCUCUCCAUGCUGUCUGUAGAUAUUGCCUCGUGUGACUUGGCCCUGAGACUGAACAAUGUCACGGCCUUCAAAUAAAUCUUUGAAUACGUUUAAUACCUUUUUUGCCUGAUAUCAAUUGACGGGGCAACGUUCAUGAAUUAAACUUUGUAGUGGUUAAAAGCCUUAGAGUACCGACUCAAAUGGAAAAGUAAGGUAAUGACACUGCAUAAAAAUUGGCUGCUAAUUUGACAGAUUCGGCCAGGAAAACCUACAUUUAAUGAAGAUAUUGUUCUAGGUUGUGGCUCUAAUGUUUUCUUGAUUUUUAACUUCACAUUGUAGCACUUCAACCUCUUCAACUGCAGUAUCACAUUAUUUUGGCCCAGUUUUUCUGUUGGAUUUGGUGAUCAACAUUGCAUGAUGUAGGCUGUAAUUAUGAAUUUUUGUUCAAAGACCAAGAACGCAGUUAUUAAAAUGCAUAAUUUGUCACAUUUUGAUCUCUAUUUAGUAGGCUUAAAUAAACAAAUGUGAAUAGAAGGGCUUGAGAAAUUUAUCAUGUUACAUUUGUGUAUCGUUACUGCAACAAUAAUAUACAUGUACCAGUGAUCGGCCAUCUUGUAUCCCUCAAAGUGCAAGUUGUUAAUGUAUGGUGAUGUCUCCACUUUGUUUUCAAAGGUCUAAACAAAAUUACUCCUUUGUACAUAUGACAAAUCUUUUCACACCACUUGCACCUAUUCGUGAAACAAGACAAUCAACUAAAAUGACGUUGAAUAUGUCCCUUUCGCAAAAAAGGAAUGCUAUGCCACACAUUUGUCUGUUAGUGGUACUGUGCAUGGUGAGAAUAUAUCGAAUAAUUUAUAUGAACUGAGGACUAUAGAUUCCUUAUUUAGGUACAUUCAAAUGAAACUAGCCAUCAGUUUAUUUUUCAGCCAAUAACAAACUGGUACAAAAUGCUCUGAUCUACAGGUUAUGUACUUGGUUGCCAUAGUAUUACUUUGGGAGAACUGAGAUCCGGAAUUUCCCUGUGUUUUUCCCCCAAAUUGUUUUUGCUGGGUUUUAGCCCAAAUCGUGCCUUGUACUUGAAUGUUUAAUAUGAACUUGUGUUGUGUAUAUCUUUAUUUCUGAAAUAGGGCCUAUUUCUGAAAUACUUGUAUUUUUAAAUAUUAAUGUUUGUUGUAUGUUUCACCAAUGCACUUUUCCUAUGAACUGAACAUUACUUAAUCAUUUGUAAUUAUAUGCAGGGCCCUGGCCAAUUAGUGUAUGUAAUAGAUCGUGGCGAAAGCAGUGGUCUAUAACAUUUGAGCAGCUUUGCUUAUUAUUUAUUAAAAGAUUUUGACCAAUCAGCGAGCGCUUUCUAUAUCGGGUCUUUGGUCAUUCACCCAUUGUCACAUCAUCAUAGACAUAGACAAAUCAUUAUUAUUAUUAUUUACACGAUACGCGCCCGGCUGUUGUAUUACAAAACACUGCAUUCAAAUUGACCAAUCAAAUGCUGUCCUAAUUUGGGAAUCAAAUGACGUCACGAUUUAGUAAAGUUGACUCUGAUUGGCUGAGGCGCGAGAUCGCAUCUGCAUGCCUUUACAUAUCAGAAGUCAAUAUACAGGAGGCUUGGCUCCCUGGCUAGGAGAUAAUAUACUAGGCCCCAAUGGAAACCAGCUUUUUAAACUGUUUGGGCAUAUGCACUGGAUAAAGAAAUCAACCAAGUAAAGAAAUAUAAAUGAAUAAACAAAAAGCCUUGGCUGAUUAGAUAAUUUAUGUUUAAUAGUGUUGAAAGAAGCCAAAAAUAUCUGGUUAUAAACAAUUUGUGUUUUGUUUUUCUCUCAUGUGCCGUAUUAUGUUGAUUAAAUUGAGCUUUUUUUAAAGAAACUCAAAACUCAUCCAAUUAAA